AUGGACCAGCAGCGGUUCUUGCAGCAGCUGCAAAUCGUCCUUGAUCCGACCAAGGGCAGCGUCAAAGAAGCUACUGGCACACUUAAAAAGGAAUUCUAUACCCACCCAGAAUCGCUCCUUUUCCUCAUUCAGGUCGCCACUUCCCAUGAUGACCAGAAUUUGAGACAGCUUGCUGCUGUCGAAUCUCGAACGCUCGUGUACAAGCAUUGGCUCAAAAUCGCUGCGGAGCAGAAACCACAGGUUAGAGAACAGCUACUCCGUGCUGCCUUAGGAGAAGGUACCUCCUUGGUCCGCCAUUCUUGUGCGCGUAUCAUUUCCGCUAUUGCGAAGAUUGAUAUCGAGGACGGGCAAUGGGCAGAUCUCCCUGGAUUCCUGCUCCAGGCUGCAGCCAGCCCCAAAGCCGACGAGCGGGCUACUGGUAUCUACAUCCUAUUUACCAUCCUCGAAACGCUAGGUGAGGGUUUCCAGGAGAAGUUUAGCGACCUCUUUGCGUUAUUUGAGAAGACUAUUCGUGAUCCUGAGAGUGCUGAGGUCCGCAUCAAUACCCUGCUUGCAUUGAGCAAGCUGGCCAUACAUCUCGACUCCGAAGAGGAUGAGGCACCAGUUAAGGCUUUCCAGAAUAUUUUCCCCGCCAUGGUCGCCGUGCUGAAAGACUCGAUUGACCGGAGCGACGAGGAUCGGAUCCUGCAGGCAUUUGAGGUUUUCCAAACCCUCCUUGCCUGCGACCCACAAUUGAUGAACCCCCACCUCAGGGAUCUUGUGCUAUUCAUGAACCAGCUUGCAGCAAACACCGAGCUGGAUGAGGACACGAGAACUCAAGCCAUUAGUUUCCUCAUGCAAGCGACUAGGUAUAGAAAGCUGCGAAUCCAAGGCAUGCAGAUCGGUAGCCAGAUUACCCUUACCUGCCUUCAAAUCGCUACCGAGCUGGGUGACACUGCCGUUGACGAUGAUGAUAUUACACCAGCAAGAUCGGCGCUUGGUCUCUUGGACAUGCUUGCACAAAGCCUUCCACCUAGCCAGAUUGUCGUCCCUCUCCUCAACGCUUUGGGACAAUACUUCAACAAUAAGGAUCCCGACUAUCGACGCGCUGGUAUCAUGGCUCUUGGUAUGUGUGUCGAGGGUGCUCCUGAUUUCAUUAGCACUCAGAUGAAGGAAAUUUUCCCUGUCGUGUUCCAACUACUUAGCGACCCCGAAUCCAAGGUUCGCCAAGCAACAUUGCAUGGCGUUGCGCGAAUUGCCGAAUCUCUUGCGGAGGACAUCGGCCAACAUCAUCAGCAGAUGAUGCCUCUCCUCCUCACGAAUCUCCGAAGCACAAUGCAGGAGUGGAAGGGCGAAGAGAGUGGCCCAGCCAUCGACAAUAUGAAAGCUGCAAUCAGCGCAUUGGAUGCCGUGGUUGACGCGUUGGGCGAGAGUGAUGUGAUCUUGUACCAAGGAGAGGUGGUGCCAAUUCUCCACGAGUUGAUCAAACAUCCUGACUUCAAGGUGAAAGCUCUUACAGCUAGCGCGUUGGGAUCCAUCGCUUCAUCUGCUGGCGAAGCUUUCCUCCCCUUCUUCAAUGACUCAAUGCAUCUCAUGCAGGACUAUGCUACGAUGAAGGAUAGCGAGGAUGAGCUUGAACUCCGCGCGUGUGUCACUGAUGCGAUGGGAGAAAUGUCUGCUUCUGCCGGGCCAGAACACUUCAAGAACUACGUCGAACCCUUGAUGCGUGCUAGCGAGGAGGCCCUCCAGCUUGGCCACUCCAGACUAAAGGAAAGUACUUACCUUUUCUGGGGCUCUAUGUCCAGGGUUUACGGUGAAGAUUUCACUCCCUUCUUGGAUGGAAUUGUCAAAGGACUCUUCGCAUGCCUUGACCAGGAGGAAACUGACCUUGAGGUUGAGCUGGGCGAGGCUGCUAAGGACCUUAUUGGCCAGGAAGUUACCAUUGCUGGCCGCAAGGUUCGUGUCGCAGGUGGCGAUGAUGACGACCAGGACGUUUCUACGCUUGAUGACUCUAACAUCGAAGACGUCGAUAUUGAUGGUGAGGACGACUGGGAAGACCUAACCACGGUGGGGCCCCUCGCCCUUGAGAAGGAGAUUGCCGUUGAGGUCAUUGGCGAUAUCAUCACCCAUGCCAAGAAAGCAUAUCUCCCCUAUUUCGAAAAGACCAUCGAACAGAUUUUGCCUCUUUGCGAGCAUCCCUAUGAAGGUAUCCGAAGGAGUACUAUCAGCACUCUUCACCGCGCGUACGCUGCCCUCUGGCAGGUCUGUGAAGAGUCUGGUCAGAUGCAGAAAUGGGUGCCUGGCAAGGGAAUGGAUAUGAUUGAGCCACCCGCUGAGCUCAAGAAACUCACCGAAAUUUUGGUCACCGCCACGAUCAAGAUGUGGUCAGAUGAAGAAGACAGAGAGACUGUCGCCGAUAUUAACCGCAAUGUCGCCGAAAAUCUCAAAUACUGCGGACCAUACUUGGUCUCUGACGCUUCCAUUCUUGACAACGUCGUGACUAUGGUCACUACCAUUAUCACCAAGCAACACCCCGCUCAACAGGAUUACGGUGCUGAUGAAGAAGACCGUGCUGCUCUCGAAGAACUGUCCGAGUACGAUUGGGUCGUCAUCGACACUGCCUUGGACGUUAUUUCCGGCCUUGCAAUUGCUCUUGGCGGUAAUUUUCUUGGUCUAUGGCCUCACUUCGAGAAGACCGUCCUCCAGUAUGUUGGCAGCAGCGAACCUCUCGAACGAUCCACCGCCACCGGUGUUUUGGCUGAAAUCAUCUUCGGAUUGGCCGACGCUAUCACACCGCUCACUACCAAAUUCCUUGAACUGCUCCUGCGCCGCCUGAGUGAUGAGGAUUCCCAGACAAAGAGCAAUGCUGCCUACGCCAUCGGACGCCUUGUCGAACGAUCCAACUCUGACCAGGAAAUUAUCCAGGCCUAUCCUACCAUCCUAGAGAAAUUGGAGCCCUGCUUGCAUAUCCCCGAGGCCAGACUCCCAGACAACGCUUCUGGCUGUCUGAGCCGGAUGAUCUUGAAGCAUCGCGACAACGUCCCCGUGGCAGAUGUCCUUUCCGCUCUAGUCGAUCUCCUCCCCCUAAAGAAUGAUUAUGAGGAGAACGAUCCUGUUUACCGCAUGAUUUGCCAACUGUACAAAUGGGAAGACCCAACCGUCCGCAGCCUAACGCCACGUCUAAUCCCCAUUUUCGAAGCCGUUCUUACUGGCGACUCGGACCAGCUCGACGAUGAGCGGCGCGCCGAGCUCAUCGAGCUAGUCUCCUGGUUAAACAAAAUGCAACCGGGAGUGGCGAGCUGGGUCGGACAACUGGGUCAAUAA